AUGUCCAAAAGCCUCGAAGAGUGGAAGGAAAGCGUCGACGACGACAUGGAUGUGGCUGCCAGCCAAAUGGAGCACGGAUGUUGCAUCGAAGUCUGCCAACAAAUGGUGGCUCUCAACGGCCAAGUAAUUGAAUUGGCUGGGACUUCCAUGACAAGCGAUGAGAAGCAAAAGCGGAAAGAGGACUUCAAGAAGAAGUUCGAAUUCCUCGAGAAGCGGUGUGAGGAACAUCUGGAUGGUCUCUCCGAAUCGAUGCGCGAGGCUCAAAAGAAGGAGCUGGCGGGCGCAAAGAAGACGUUUGAUACUUCGAUCAAAUUCUUGGAUUAG